GGGGGCGUGGCUGUCGGAUGGGCAGCUCAUUUAUUGCAAGGGAAACGCAAUUUUACUACUUGAGUUUUCGUUUCACCUCGCAUCGACUGCUCGUUUAAAUUUACCAUGAAAAAGGUGGCCGCUGUGUUUCCAGGAGAAAGGGACGUGAGACGGGUUCCUAAACCUCUGAAGGAGAAACGCAGGCGGGACCGGAUCAACCACAGUCUGGAAACUUUAAGACUUCUGCUGCUGGAAAACACCCGCAAUGAGAGGUUAAAGAACCCAAAGGUUGAGAAGGCAGAGAUUCUGGAGAGCGUGGUCAGCUUCCUAAAGAGAGAGAAGGAGGUGCAGAAGGAGCAUCGGACCCUGAAGAGGAUCCUGUCUAGGGAGCAGAUGCCGCCCUGCCAGCAGCAGCACAACUACAGGGAGGGCGUGCAGUCCUGUCUGCUGAGGGUGAGCCACUUCAUCACCUCCAAGAGCCAGGAGCUGGAGGAGGCCGGUGGGGACGCAGCAGACUCGCUCCAGGUUUCACUGAGGAUCCCGAGUAUCCAGAUGCACUCGGACAGCCCCGGACAGAUCCACAGAGCGUUGAUGUCCACGACCUCCUGUGGCCCCGCGGCUUUGUCUGCACAGCACCUGCCCCACAGUCAGCUCUCUUACACACCCCUGUCCAGUCUGAGCGGGACGACCCAGAGUCCCGGAAACCACUGUGACCAUGACACCAGGAAGCUGCUCUCCCCCACCAGAAACAAGGACAUCAGUGACCCUGUGUGGAGGCCAUGGCCUCAGUGACAAAGGCACUGCAGAUAUGAUAUGAUAUGUAUGAUAUGUAUGAUAUGUAUUUACACUGCAGAUGAUGAGGAGCAGGCAGAUGUGUAGCUCUGUAAAUAUGUAUCUUAUUGUAUAUGGAUUCUAUGGAUUCUUCUGUACAGUGAAGCUAUUUUUGCUAUGAUAUGUAUUUACCUCUUGUGCUUGUGGAAGUACCACUGAAAACAUUUACUCCACCGUCUUUGAAUUUAAUUUUUAGUAUUUGGAUUAUUAGCGGGUUUUUUUUUUCUUUUUUGGAAAACCCUAAAAAUCCCUUUUUUAAUCCUAGAUUUUGACUUUUGGAUUAGUUUUAGUAUCAAGUACCUCCUCCUACGUUUUUCAUGUCCACAAUUGAAUUGCUUUUUUUAAGAUCUUUUUUUUUUUUUGUGAGAAUUUGGCAUUCAGUUGAUGUGGGGAUAUUUACACAAGCUUUUGCUGUUACUGUGAACACUUGAAUGUAUUUUGAUUUAUGUACAGGAAACAAGCCUAUUCUGUUGUAAAAUAAAAGCUUCCUAUGAAGUACUUCUUUGUGACU